CUCUGCAGGUAUGACAUGUUCUUGUGCAUUGAUAUUGAGGAGUGGAUCAAGUAAUGUGGCCUCGAUUGAUGGCAAACAAAUGGCUGCGCCUCAAAUCAGGCGGGGAAAAAUUCAAGAGCGAUGCAGAGGACGAAGCAGUUCAUGCCCACUUCUCCAAUGGACUUCCUAAUCUCAACAAAUCACCAAAGAGUUGUCCAGCGCUGUUGCGGGGACAGUCGGAGACUCUGUGGACGGAAUGUGUCGAUAAUUUCAAUUACAGGAUGUUCGUGGGUACAUGGAACGUUGGUGGAAGAACACCGAAAGACACAUUGGAUUUGGAGAACUGGCUUGGCAAGAAAGAAUCUUGCGAUAUAUUUGUUAUUGGGCUACAGGAAAUCGUUCCGCUCAAGGCUAGGAAGAUUUUUGGCGCACAAAACAGCAGGGCAGCCGAUAAAUGGGAUGCUCUCAUCCGGGGCGUGUUGAAUAAAAGGGCUGCACCAGAAAACGAUUUGACUUCCAGGAGCACAAGCUUUCCCUUUUCCGAUGGAGAAGAGUCUCCGGUACGACAAUGGAUUAUCGAAGACACCCACAGCAUAGACAAGUUUAAAUUGGAUGGACCAUGGAGCGAGAGAAAACUGUUCAUAAGAGUUGCAAGCAAACAAAUGGUGGGAAUAUUCAUCACAGUAUGGGUGAAAUCUGAGGUGAGGCAUCAGAUUCGGGACUUGAAAGUCUCCUGUGUGGGAUGCGGCAUCAUGGGCUGCCUGGGCAACAAGGGAUCUGUUUCCGUUAGCUUGUCAUUUCAUCAGACGAGCUUCUGCUUUGUGUGCACACACUUGGCUUCGGGUCAAAAACAGGGUGACGAGAUCCGCCGAAACUCCGACGUUGUAGAGAUCCUCAAGAGAACCUAUUUUCCUCGAGAUACCAAAUCCGGUUUGGAGUUGCCGCAGACCAUUGAAGGACAUGAUUGCAUCAUCUGGUUUGGUGACUUGAAUUACCGGCUCACCAUAGGAGAGUCGGAAGCAAAAUCUCUCAUCCACCAAAAAGAUUGGAAGACAUUACGACUGAGCGAUCAGCUUCAAUGGGAGAAAAAUGCCGGACGAUUUGAAGGGUGGGAGGAAGGGCAUUUAGAUUUCGCCCCAACAUACAAAUAUGCUGCACAUUCGGACCAAUACUGCUGUACCCAGGACAAACCAGGAGGAAAAUGCCGCGUUCCAGCCUGGUGUGACCGGAUACUUUGGUAUGGGAAAGGGAUGAAGCAAUUGUCGUAUGAGAGGGCAGAGAGUACAUUUUCGGAUCACCGCCCUGUGUCCGCCAUUUUUACCAGUGCUGGAGCUGCUUAGAAAAGAGAAGCUGAGAAAAAAGCAUUCUUCAAAUUACUCUAAUUAGGCGCAGAUGAUAAAUCGAGUCCUACUCUGAAGAGGAACCGCUUACCAGUCGCCUAUAAUUUCAUUCACAUUCAAGAGUACUAAAUAAUGAAUGACAAGAGCAUGGAUGUGGAUCUGGAUCUACUGCCAAUCCUAAUCAACAUGGAUGACCGUAAGAGCUUAAAUGUUGAGUCCGAAGUCCAUCGUGAACCUUAUGAUAACUGUGCUGUGUGUAGCAAGAAGACCUUGAUAACCCAAGCAAUAGAGGUUGAGGUUAUGGGGUGUUGAUCAGAAAAGAUCAAACCGCGAUUUCCAGUUUUCAAGCCAACAAAAUUGGAACUGGGCAAUUUCCUGUGGGGGGAGAGUACAUGCAGGCCAAGUUCUAUGGAAAGCUGCAUCUCUUUCUCACACGCUUGGAAAUUGCGUCAGCAGAAUUGCAUUUGUGGAGCAGUACAUCUUUAAAGUAUCUGAAGUAAUAUCUAAAAAUGGCAAGAUGUGGCUGUCACAAUGAUCACUAAUACUACGGAGGCUGAAAGAAAAUAUGCUUCUCAGAUUUACAGUCAGAUAUUUAGAUCCGCGUCCAAUUCAGCUUCCUCCUCUUUUUUUAAGUUAUAAAGCGGCUUUGAAGAUUUGAGGGGCUUGGGCUUUCAGAUUUAU